CUUGUCAGUAUUCCGGGGAGGGCCCUAUGAGCGUCGGAUCGUCUGGGUGGGACAGAGAAAGUCCAAGGCUGCCGCACGCAAACCAUCGCGUCGGGAAACUACCGAGUGAGGGGGGCAGCACAAGCCUGCAUCGGAGUGACAGACACACGCCACCGCUUGGGCACCCCGGCGACAUACAGUAGCCUGUAGUGAAAGUUGCACAGCGGGUGUUGAUAUCUCACCCCAUGAGCCAGGCUGCAGAGUGGACCAACAGCACCACCGCCACCGUCACCAGCGGGCCGGUCAGCAAGGGAGCGAAGCCGCGCUACCGCUAAACGCUACGUAGCUACGAGGGCUCCUCCGAAGGCACAGCGGCCGGACGGCACAGCAGAGGGGCAAACAUGGCGGCGUCGCCCAUCGGCGAGUACUACGCGGGCAAGAGCGUGCUGAUCACGGGCGCCACGGGCUUCAUGGGCAAGGUGCUGGUGGAGAAGCUGCUGCGCUCGUGCCCGCGCGUCAGCGCCCUCUACGUGCUGGUGCGGCCCAAGGCAGGCCAGUCCAUGCAGGAGCGCGUGGACGACAUGAUGAAGUGCAAGCUGUUUGACCGCGUGCGCGAGGACAACCCGGACUUCCAGAAGAAGAUUGUGGCGGUCAGCAGCGAGCUGACGCAGCCCGGGCUGGGCGUGAGUGCUGCCGACGUGGACCGGCUGACCGCCUGCGUCAACGUGGUCUUCCACUGCGCCGCCACCAUCCGCUUCGACGAGCCACUCAAACACGCCCUGCAGCUGAAUGUGAUUGCCACGCAACAGCUCCUGAGCCUGGCCCAGCAGAUGCAGCACCUCGAGGCCUUCAUCCACAUCUCCACCGCCUAUGCAAACUGCAACCGACGCCACAUCGACGAGGUCAUCUACCCGCCGCCCGUCGAGCCCAAGAAGCUCAUCGACUCCCUCGAGUGGAUGGAUGACAGCAUUGUGUGCGACAUCACGCCGCGGCUGAUCGGCGACCGGCCCAACACCUACACCUACACCAAAGCCCUGGCAGAGUGUGUGGUGCAGCAGGAGAGCGGCAAGAUCAGCGUGGGCAUCAUCCGGCCCUCCAUCGUGGGCGCCAGCUGGCAGGAGCCCUUCCCGGGCUGGAUUGACAACUUCAAUGGCCCCAGUGGCAUUUUCAUUGCGGCAGGAAAGGGCAUCCUCCGGACCAUGAGAGCCAAUAACGACGCAGUGGCCGACCUCAUUCCUGUAGAUGUUGUCAUCAACCUCACACUGGCCGCUGGAUGGUACACAGCCGUGCAGAAACCCAAAUCGGCACUGGUGUACAACUGCACAACGGGCGGCAUCAACCCUUUCCAUUGGGGAGAGAUCGAGCACUACGUGAUGUCCACCUUCAAGAGGAACCCCUUGGAGCAGGCUUUCAGACGGCCCAACGCCAACAUUACGUCCAACUACCUGAUCAACCAGUACUGGAUCCUGGUCAGCCACAAGUUCCCCGCGCUGCUCUACGACUUCUUUCUCCGCCUGUCGGGACAGAAGCCACAGAUGAUGCGGAUCUUCAACCGGCUGCACAAGGCCAUCGGCCUACUGGAGUACUUCAGCAGCCAGGACUGGGAGUGGAACUCGGAGAACAUGAGCAUGCUGAUGAGCCAGCUCAGCCCCGAGGACCGCAAGACCUUCAACUUUGAUGUGCGUCAGCUGAACUGGCCUGAAUACAUUGAGAACUACUGCAUUGGGACAAAGAAGUACGUCCUGAAUGAAGACAUGUCGGACAUCCCUGCCGCACGGCAGCACCUGAGGAAGCUGAGGAAUAUCCGCUACACCUUCAACACUGUCCUCGUCGUCUUCAUCUGGCGCGUCUUCAUCGCCCGCUCCCAAAUGGCGCGCAACAUCUGGUACUUUGUGGUCAGCCUCUGCUUCAAGUUCCUCUCCUACUUCCGAGCGUCCAGCACGCUAACCAAGUGAUCGCGCGACCCAAAACCUCCAGCACUGCCCAUCUCGUCCUCACCGCCCCUCUCUCCACCAACCACCAGCCCAGGCUAACCAACCCCACUCCCCCCCCCCCCCCAGGCCCUGCAGAACCCUGCCUGGUCAUCCUCCCCAAUCGCCCAGCACUGCCCAACCCUCCACUCCACUCCUAACUCUGACCAAGGCCUCAGCGCAAGCGUAAGAUCCUCUGAUGAUGAGUCUCACCACACCUCGAGAUCCCUCGGUGGGCAAGGGGGAGGACCGCAAGGGGGGAGGGGGGGAGGGUUGUGGGCGCUGCCAGUCUGCCUGGGCUUGGUGAAGGGACUCUGAAGAAGGGAUCUGUUUCUUGGUCGUCUUUCCCCCCCCCCCCCCCCUCAGUCUUAUCUUGCACUUGCACCGUCCCUCCUCAGAGAACUUUCUAGAUGAUUCUGCUUGUUUUUGUUCCUGCACCGACCUGUUCUUAAGUCUCAAUCAUUUAAAAGUCAGGAAAUUCCUGAUUCUUUGUCCUGAAAUUUUAGAAACCCCUGCCACCUCUGCCCCCUUUUGUAACGUCAGCUUUUCCUUACAUUGACAGAUUAUAUAAUUAUAUAUAUGCAACGAGUAACCCCGGUCGUGUGAUAUCAUCCUGUCAUUGUAAUGCAUCCACAUUCAAUGCCUUGCCACUUUGGACGAUUUUUUGAAGCCUACUUGAAUAAUGACAGUGUUGUUCUGCCGAAGGAUGUUUUGUUUAACCUGAAUCUUGAAACAAAAAGUUGAAAAAGAACCAUUUUAUCGUGCUGUAAACAGUGUCCUUUUCUGCCUUCUAGUACAUUGGUUGCCCACCUAUAUAUAUAUAUAUAUAUAACGAUUGCAAGCCCUCUUUGGGGACUGUGGUCUAUUCCAAGGACAGACAGCACAUUGCAUUCAAGUUCAAUGUCCAAAAAAUACGAGAUUAAAAAAAAAAAGUAAAGCACACUCCUUGAUCAGAGGAGGUGUCCUCAAUGGUACUAACAAAAAUGUACUGUUGGAGUUGCUACGUUUGUUAAUGUCUUUGUGUUGUCGUAACAAACCACUAUCACUCUUGAUAUCAGUAUGUUUAACAGACACUUGUGGACUUGUUUUAUCGUUUCCACCUUUUGCCUGUUUGUACAGCAGUUUGUACUGGAACUAAGUUUACUACUUUUACAUCUUUCUAAAUGAUGAUCACGUCAAACUAAGGCUUGUCAUGUUAAUGGUUGCCGAAUGGUAGUGUAUAAUAUAUAAAUAAACCUACAGAAUUUGAGAGGUCUGUAAAUACUCAUAGUUAUAUAUUAUUGUUGUAAUUACAAUAGUACCAAAAGAAAAAUCAAAGAGGGGUUACACAGCAGCCUCAUUUUAUGUCAAGAGAGCUUCCUUCCUUUUUUUGUCUGUUUGUUUGUUUUGAGAAACACAACAACACAGAAACUCAAAUUCAUAAUGUGUCUGAAUGUGGACUGACAUAUUUGUUUAUUUGGGGAGAUGCUUUAUGUAAAGUGAGGAGCAUAAAACUGUGCUAAUCAGAGAGAUAUUCUGAUAUAUUCUGAGCAACCCCCACACUCACCUUCCUAAUACCCUUAUUCGACAUCCAUCUUUGCCCUGUGUGGGGUGAACCCAGUUCAAAGGUCAGUUGAGCCUUUCGCUAAGACGGAACUCCACCUACAAUGCCUCCUUGGCAGUCAAUGGUAACAUCUCUAGUAAGGGUUUGUUUCUAUUUGUGUCUGGUUUGUCGAUGACACGGUAAGAUGUUUCACCAUUCUUUUUUUUAUCAUCCAAACUAUGUUGUCGACAGUGCAUGAUAGGAUACCACAUGAGGUCUGGGCCUGAAACUUGUACUGUAAUGUUGGGGAACACCUUCAUCUUUUUAUUCACUGUUUUUUUUUAUUUAUUUUUUUUUGGUUUUAAGUGUUAAUUCACUGUCUUAUCUCUGUUCCCUCUCUGAAGAUGCUUCAUUGAAGUCUGCUUGGAAAAUCGCUAAUAAACUAAAAGAAAUCAAAAA